CGGCCCCGAAGCUUCCGGGGGCCACUUCCUCCUUUGUCUCCUAGCUACGGCUGGUAGCGUUGUUGACAUCCCGGGAGUCUGUGCCGCCGGCCUGAGCCCAGAGUUUCGCGGCCUCCGCGAUGGCAGAGGUGGAAGAAACCUUAAAGAGGAUCCAGAGCCAUAAAGGGGUUAUUGGAACUAUGGUUGUAAAUGCAGAAGGUAUUCCCAUCCGAACAACCUUGGACAACUCAACGACUGUUCAAUAUGCAGGCCUUCUUCAUCACCUGACAAUGAAAGCCAAAAGCACAGUUCGUGAUAUUGAUCCUCAAAACGACCUGACUUUUCUUAGGAUCAGAUCAAAGAAACAUGAAAUCAUGGUAGCUCCAGAUAAAGAAUAUCUUCUGAUCGUCAUUCAGAAUCCAUGUGAAUAGACCUGCAAUGGCCAAGGCUGUCUAAGCGACACUGGGCUAGAAACACUUGGCUCUCUCAUGAUUAUUAAAAUUCUAUUUCAAUCUAACUGACCCUUCAACAUUCUUUUCUAUUUCUACAUCUAAACUGUUCUGCAUAUCUCAUUUAGUCCCUUUUGAUUAUAUUGUGAAGUUGUACUUUAGUGAUACAAUAAAUGAAUUCUGGUAUAUA